AUGUCCUGGGAACCACAGGUCAGCAUCAAAGGUCCCACACUGCCUAAUACACCUCUCGCCGCGUGGUUGGAGCGCUUGAACGCUCGUAUUCGCCUCACCUAUCCCGUCAGCUCGAUCGUGAUCUGUGCUGUAGAUGCAUGCGACUGGCCUUAUGAACCCGCGCAUGCUCCCCGGGGUAAGCUUCAUUUCCCCGCUUCUUCGCUCUUCACCUCCUUCCUUUCUCAGAACCUGGCGAUGGAUCUAGACUAUUCGACUUUUUCCAUCAGACAUGCCCUAGGUUCUCAGGCGGGUUUCACGCAGUGUUCUUCGAUGACUACCCGCGUUGUUCCACAAGGAUGCACAUUUGCGGAGCCAGAAGCCUUUCUAUCACGCAAUCAGGAGGAUGCAACGCAAAAUUUGGAUGACGUCGAUGCCAUGAGUUAUUCAAUGCAUCAUUCCUUCAAUACAAAUCCACAACAUGCACAUUCCAUUUAUCCGCCACUUUCAUUUCCAAACACGUUCGAGGAUUGUGUUCCUUCCCACCCCGGCUUCGCAGUUCAAAAUACGUCAUCUGCUCAUGUCUAUCAGGAACACAACCUCCAAGAUCCGUUGAUCGCAUGGGCUGCAAGCCAUCAGCCCCUGCUGCCUGAUCUGGCAAAUCCUUCCUCGGAGAUAACCUUGGCACCUGGGGCACAGUGGUCUGAGGUCCAGCCCAUCGAAGCUGCCAAAUUCUCGAGGACUGCAGGUCAGGGCCAUCAAUGUGACGCACUAUCCUUGGACAUCACCAUCCCUCAUUUCUACUCAAACCCCGACGAUAAAAACGAGCUCACACAUCCUACAUCGCCCCCCUUUUCUCUGGAUAGCAUCGACAGUACGCGUCCCCCUUGGUUUUACCAGCAUCCUGAACUACGCUAUCCUCAUGUUCCUGCGGUGUUUUUCCCUGUUGCUGACUACUGCUCGUCUCCCGGAUCUUAUGUCCUUCCUGCCCAGGAAGACAUCUCGUCGCAGUUGAACGCUCAUGAAGGCCAGCAGCUUGGUGUCUCUCGCGGGACCGCUGGAUUACCCCGGCCAUCAUAUUAUAUCAGGUCGUCCACCCAGCCACCACCCCACUCUUAUUCAGCAGAUCCCCCGCUACGCGGGGGUACGGGGAAACGAUUGAGGAGAACGUCCUCAGAUUCCAACCUUGCAGAUCGGGAUACCACGAUAGCUGCACCGCCUCAGGCACGCAAUUCCCGCUCAGAAUCUGGGAUUAAACGUGCAGUCACAGUACCGCAUGGUGCUCAGCCACCUGCGCAUCUCCGUGUUCAUCACGUUAAUGUUGCUCCCCUCGUGGAAAUAUCUCGCCUUCAAUCAUCAGUGCCACAAAAGGUGGAUUGCGAUGGCCGCCUAGUUGACGAGUCUACCAUGCGGAACCACGGACGACCUCUACUGCACGUCUACAAAUGCCAAUGGGACACGAACCACUCCCCCUGCGGUAUGCAUAUCGAAGGGGACCAGCCAAGCGUCACAGACCAUCUCGUCAGGUUCCAUGGUUUCACGGGUGGUGAAGGGGAUACCGCCUGUCUCUGGGGUGGUUGUGUUUCAAAAAAGCGCGCCGCGAUGAAGGGUACGAGUAUAGCUCGUCACCUCGUCACUCAUAUCGGCUACAAAAUCAAAUGCACCGCCUGCAACGUCGACUAUGCGCGGGAAGAUGCAUGCAGGAGAAGUCACGCCAAUGCGAGAUCAGAGUGCCAGACGAUGCAAAUAGCCCCUGUCCACGGUCCUGGGGUUAUUGCGCUGAAGGUUCGAAACUGUGAGCCCGCGACUAAGAAGAGACGUGUCGCGGAUGCCUAAAUCCAAAAUUCUAUUCGUCGUCACCUUCAUACCUAAUUCAUCCAUAAUAUGCGACUUUUUCUCUCUCAGUCUUCAAUUUCCACAUAGAUUCCAGGGUUCGUGUAUCUAUCCUCUUCUCAAACCUCAUCAUAGAGCCAGUCCUAUAAUUUAUUGAUAUUUCAAGUUAUCGAGAUACCUCUGUAGUCCAUUCGUAGCCUCCAUGUUUCGAUUCCCAAGUUGUAUGCAUCUCACUGGGCCCAUUUAGGAUAUUGUAGCCUCAUCUAGUACUGGUAGUCAUGUAGACGUCGACUCGUCACUUAUCCUUAUCAUUCUAACGCAUUUUCAUAAUCAAGCUAUGCUUAGACUGAAAGACCAAUGCAAUUUUCGACUGCGCAAGGAUCAGACACGCUCUGGCGCAACUCUCAUGCCACUCCUGUGACACUACCUCGUCAAGCCUCCCACAUGCCGCGUCAGCACACCCAGGUUACGGUACGCUUGGUGGAAC